CUAAUUCUCGCGAGAUAUGGCUGUCCUGAAACGGUUCCUUUAAGAUUCAAGCUCACAGGACCAUGUCUGCGCCGUCUCUCCCGCCAGCGUCACCUGUCCUCGCCCUGCAUUCAAAAACACACAAGGACACUAUCCUGCAUAAAUUUGACAAACUCAGAAGAAGGGAACAGCUCUGUGACACAACCCUUAUCGUAGAAGACGUGCACUUCAAGGCGCACAAGGCUCUAUUAGCAGCGAGCAGUGAAUAUUUCUCAGUGAUGUUCACUGCUGAAGAUCAGGUAAGCCAGUCGGUGUACAAGCUGGACGGCAUGUCUGCGAAAACCUUCUCGGCCGUGCUUGAGUUCAUCUACAGCGCAAAUGUGUCGGUGGACCAGAGUAGCUCUGAGCAGCUGUUUGACAUGGCCCGCUUUCUGGACAUCCCAGAUCUGCUCAAAGCCCACAAGGUCCUUCAAAAGGACAGUUCAACGGUUGAAAAUGUGGUGUCCGCUGAGGGUGAAGGUGUUGAUGAAUGCGUACAGAUCAAGCGUAAAAGAGGGCGCCCCAAAAAGAGCAUGUACACUCAGGAGUCAAGCCAGACAGAGAAUCCAGAAUGCGUUUUACCAACACAGACUAAAGAGCCCACAGAACCUCUCUUAGAUCCCACUUCACCUCCGAGAGACUUAAGUGACAGCGACUACAACCCCAGAGAGGAGGACAGACCCCGUCACAGCAAGCGCAAAAUACGGCAGCCUGUCAAACUGAAGGGAUACAGGUUAGGAGACAAUCUGACUGAGCGCAAGGAGCCGGGGAAGAGAGGGCGAAAGAGGAAGUACCCGGACACAGAGGCCAGAUGUGACGAGUGUGGGAAGGUUUAUAAAAACCAUCUGUUACUGAAGAUACAUCAACGAACUCAUACAGGUGAAAAACCGUUCAGAUGCAGUGUUUGUGGGAAGGGUUUCACCCAGAAACACACUCUUUUGGUUCAUCAGCGCAUGCACACGGGAGAAAAGCCCUUCAUCUGCACGAUAUGCUCCAAAGCGCUGUCCACCAAACACUCCCUACUGGAGCACAUGAACCUACACGCAGAGAAUAAAUCUUUCAGUUGUGACCAGUGUGGGAAAAGCUUCAGUCAGAAGCGGCAGCUGAAAAGCCAUUACCGCGUUCACACAGGAAAAGCUUUACCUGAGUGUGCGCAAUGUCAUCAUAAAUUUAUGGAUGCAGCUCAACUGAAGAAGCACCUGAGAACUCAUACUGGUGAGAAGCCGUUUACAUGUGAGAUCUGUGGGAAGUGUUUCACAGCCAAGAGCACACUGCAGACACACAUCAGGAUACACAGAGGAGAGAAGCCAUACGUCUGCAAUGUCUGCGAUAAGACCUUCUCGGACCCCAGUGCCAGGAGGCGUCACGUGGCGUCUCACACGGGUAAAAAGCCCUUCACUUGUUCUGUCUGCAACCUGUCGUUUGCCCGAUUGGACAACCUUAAAGCUCACACCAAGACUCACAACAAAGAGCGUCAACCAGGAGACGCUGAGAGCACGGGCCCUGCGGAGGUGCAGGCCACAUCAGGGGCCGAAGAAAUGCACAACAUCCUCCAACUCCAGCCGUACCAACUUCCCACCCACGGCGAGCAGGAAAUCCAGCUGGUGGUGACCAGCGAGGUGGAAAACAUCAACCUGGGUCAGGAUCAAGCUAUCAGCAUCAUCACUGCAGAAGACGCUUCUGUGGAACCGGGUCUCACGCUUCUCACCCAACCUCCUGGUCACGUCCAAAACCUGGCACUGGUCGCACCGGACGGGUUAGACGGCAGCCCUCAAAUCCAAACCAUCAGCGUCUUGGGAAGUCAAGUGAGCAGCGGGCAGCCGGAGCAGAUGCACGUCUUCACGCUGACAAAAGAAGCCAUGGAGCAACUGCAGGUUCAUCACGGAGCUCCACAGCAGCUGCAGGUGAUCCACCAGCUGUCCGAAACCUCGGAGAAUCCCAGCCGGCCGAGUCCAACGGGAGGCAUUCACAUCAGCAGUCAGAGCGGGCAGCCCAUCUCCAUCAGCCAGACCAGCGAGCAGAUCCCCAGCCAUCAGAUCCAGGGUCAAACCUUCCAGAUCCAGGCGGGAACGGUCUCGUACCUCUACACCACCAGUGUGACCCCGCAAAACUGAACCGACACAACCGUUUAAACCCUUUAGGACUCGCUCACAGUGCUGAUGCUUGUUCUCUUUGGAUGUAAAUGGUUAUAUUUUAAUACAGUAAAGCUGAUUGAGAAUAAGCAAAACAUCUUUUUUUUAGAUAAUGGCUGCAAUAUGGAUCAUGAAGUAUAACCAUUAUUAAACUGUUUUUUUGUAUUUGUUAAUGACAAGACUAAAGAUAAUAAAUGGUUCACAUACAUACAACUUUAAAUGUAUUUGUCCAAAAUCAAUUUAUUUAAGUGUAAUUGUCCUGCAUGACAGUAAGAU